AAUCGGAAGUGGAUGCCAAACAGACGAGGAUAAUGGUGACCCACCGGAAUGCAGUGUGCAUCUCCCAGACCUGUCUAACCUUCCAUCUUCAGGUACAGAUCAAUGCCCAAGCCAGCCAGAUGUUCUUUUACUGACUGUGAAAGACUGUGAGUUCUUAAGUUGCUAUGCAUACCUGCAGCCGAAUCCACUUAAACGCUAUGUUCAUGGUCUUGGUUAUGUCUAGUUUGGCAAAGUUUGUGAUGAAGAGUAUGAGCCUGUGAAAGUUGCCUUGAUGAAAUGCUAUGAGGGCUCUGUUGGUCCUGGAUGUUCUUUAACUGCUGUAAAAGAUGCUGUCACCUGCCUUAAGCCCAUGGGAGUUAUUUCUGUGGGAUAUUGCAGUGGCCUGAACCGUGAAAAAGCCAAACUGGGAGACGCGGUUGUGUGUGCAAAGCUCACAACAUAUGCACCCAAGAUGGUUUUGGAUACUGAAGAGCAAUCAACUGGAACAAGAACUGUUGUCACCAAAAAUUUCCUGAACCUCAUCAAAAAUGUUGCUGAUGGGUGGAAAGCACCACUGAAAAAUCCUGAAACACGAGAAGUGGAAGCACAUGCGGGUGGCGAGUUUUUAAGUGGUCCAGAGAGGAUCAGUGCAGAUUGGCAGCGUGCAAAACUCCUUGAAGCAUACCCCCAGGCUGAUGCAAUUGAACUGGAAGGAGAAGGAGUGUUCACUGCUGCAUUUGAUCUUGGCAUUGAAUGGCUCCUAGUAAAAGGUAUCGCAGAUUUCGCUGAUG